AUGUUAGACCUAUUCUUCCCAGUCUUCUUCAGUUACCACAAGAGCAAUAAUGAGCGGCUCAUUAUUGGAAGAUACGAUGAAGAUGUGAUUCUCCCUUGCCUGUUUACGAACGAGCCUGACGUUGUAAUUCACUGGAAAAUUCAAGAUAACACUGUUCACAGUUACUUCAAAGGCAUGGACCAGUUGGAAAGACAGUAUCCUAGAUAUGCAAACAGGACAUCCCUCUUUCACAGUGAAAUUCACAACGGGAAUGCCUCUCUAACUGUCAGAAGAUUGAGCCUUCUGGAUGAAGGAAUUUAUAGCUGCUAUGUAGGAACAACAAGUAGAUAUACUAUGGAAAAAGUUGUCCUGAAAGUGGGAGCUUUCCACACACCUUUAAUGAAAUAUGAAAAGAAGAACACAGAGAGCUUUCUAGUAUGCAGUAUCCUGAGUGUUUAUCCUCAUCCACGUAUCACAUGGGAAAUGGACAAUGCAAAUGUCUCUGAAAGCAGUACAGAAGUAACUGGGGCUCUGGGUCCUUUUUAUGUUAAAAGUACACUGAAUAUUACAGGAUCAAAUUCAUCUUUUGAGUGUGCUAUUGAAAAUUCACUUCUCAAUCAGACAUGGAGAGGAGAGUGGACAUUGGCAGGUAGUCAUUGGGUGAAUCAAAGUGAAUCCAUCCCACUCUGGUGUAUAGUCGGCAGCAACUUCUCUCUACAAAAUCAAGACUUCCAUGUUAAUUGGUACAAAGGAAAAAAUGUCUUGGAUUGGCAUCUGAACUCUGCACAGAACAGAACUGCUAAUGACCAUCGAUUCUCAUGGAAUAAAGAGCUGAGAAGUCACAAUGCCUUCCCCAUAACAUUGAAGCAUCUUCAUCCUUCAGACAGUGGGGAAUACUUGUGUAAUGUUUCUUCAUCUGAGUAUACAUUACUCACCAUCCACAGGGUGCAUUUGUCUGUGUGUUAUGUGGUUUCCAAAGAAAGCUUCAUGCUGACUGAUAAAACUCCUUUUGAUGAUAUAGAAUGA